AAAGUCAUAUCGACUUAUACACCAAAAUGGGCAACUACGUUUCGUGUACCUUAACACAUCAAAUGGGCAAAAAAUCGACAUCGACUAAGGUAAUCUUUCCCAACGGAGAAAUGCGCAAGUUUCAUGAGCCAAUUAAAGCGGCCGAGCUCAUGUUAGAGUCACCAAACUCGUUCGUUGUCAACUCUAAGUCUUUACAUAUUGGUUCAAGGUUUUCUGCCCUCAAUGCCGAUGAAGACCUUGAAUUUUCAUCCGUGUAUGUCAUGUUUCCUAUGAAUCGUGUUAACGCUAUUGUUACCACCAAUGACUUGGGAUCUCUUUUUAUAACCGCGAAAAAAAUUGGAAGGAUUGCACCUGAUGAAAAUGUGCCUACACCUGGACCAAAGUUGAAUAUAGAAAAUAUUGAAGAAUUGUCAUCACCAGAGUUUAAACGUCGGAUUACUAUGUGUAGAUCAAAGAAGCCAUUGUUAGAGACUAUUGUUGAAGAACAUGGUUGCUCAAGAUGAUCAUCAUAUUAUAUUAUACUAUAUUCUUUCUAUCAACUUUGAUUCUAUAAUUUUCAAUCUGGCCAUAAAAUAUUCUUUUUAGUUUGGGCAAAUUCGGUAGCAUAUAUUAUUGUUUCGUUUCCUCUUAAUUUUUUGCAAUUUAAAAUCCUUGAGAUGUUUUUA